AUGGUGGAAAGUUCAUCAGUCCAAAAUCUCACAUUUCAUCAGCAGAACGAAGUGCGCGAGAAUCGAGUUAUCAAUCCUUUCCCAUAUCUGAAUCCUCGGUCUACUCCGUAUGCUGCAUUGGUGGUUUCCAGCAGUAACGUGGUGAUCAAUCGCAACUGCUUCAAGAAUCCCCAGGCAACCUAUGAAAUUGCAAGCGAACUUGGAGAACAUGCGAAGUGGAUCGAUGCUCGUGAGAAUAACUGGGGUCAUCCAAGGCCCGAGUUAUUUAUGCACCGUAUUUUCGAUCAGUUUAAUCGUUAUUCACUUUCUACCAUUGAG